AUGGGCUCUUGUUAAGGCACUACUAUAGAUAUCCAAUAGGAUUUGAGAAUGAGAGAAAUUAUGACCAAAUUUCAAGUUCCUAUGCCUUAUAUUGAUGAACUUAAAAUAUUUCAAACUUUGAAAUAAGUAGAAAUGUAAUUAUUGAUUAAUUCUUUUUUUAGCGUCUAACAUCAUAGUAUUUCUCAUUAUGAUUUAAUUUAUUCCAAAAUGGGAGAUGCAUCUAAUAAAAUGAAGAAUUUAGCUAAGAAAUGGAUAACAAAAUAUGAGUUACAUAAUCAUCCUAAUUUAUUAUCGAUUCAUAAUGUUUCUAUUGUUGAAUCAAUCAAAAUAUUUAUUCCUUAUACUGAUAUUAUAUUACUAAUAGAUAAACCUAUUCAACCAUUAACAAGACAUAAAAAAGUCAUUAUGAAAUAACCAUUUUCAUAAAAUGAAAUUUUGUUUUUAAUGGAUUGUGUAGUCUCAGGUCUUGCAUUUCAAUAAUAAAAUAAAAUUUAUCCAUCUGGAUUUGAUAUUGAUGAUAUUGUAACUGUUAAAACACCAUUUAAUAUUGAAAUUUAUAAGUUAGUUGACAGGUACUAAAAACCAAUUCGAUCUAAUUUAUUUUAGGAAUUCAUUUAACUUUUUGAUGAUAAAUAAAGUAUUUAAAUUUCAUCUAAAUCCUUUUAGCUUUAAAUGAAUUAAAAAAAACAGCCUUUUUAUCACCAGCUCAAAUAGAAGCCAUUCCAAAAAAAGAUAAAGUAAAUAAUUUUUUUCAUUAUUUAUAGUAUCUUAAACAUAAUAGAUAUAAAUCAGAUGUAUUCAAUUUUGCUCUUAUUUUAAUUUACUUAAUAUAAGGGAAAUAACCUGAAAUCUAUGAUUGGAAAAAAUGGAUAGUAGAUGAUUUUGCUUUAAGAAAAGCUUAAGAUGAUCUAAUUGUAACGAAUUUCGAUGAAAAUCUAUUACAUUUAAUAGAAUUAAUGUUAACUAUAGAUGAAAAUAAUAGACCAGAUUUUAUAGAAUUAAAUGAUUUGGUCAGUAAAUUAUUCUAAGAUCUAUAAAAGAAUCGUUUAUUAGAAAAAUAUUAAGUACAUGAUUUUUUUAUUGCUCCUAUUGAUAAACCUUCUAAUUUUAAUAACCAAAUUCUAAAUGAGAAUAUUUAUCAAGCAAAAUCAGCAUAAGAAUCAAUUCCUGUUUCUACAUAAAAUUUAAAUUAAAAAUCAUAAUAAAUUACGUAACAUUAGAGAAAUGAAUCAUAAAAAACUAAAUAAAAUGAUAUUAGCUAAGCAUCUAUAAAAGAAUAAAAAAGUGAAAAUAAAAUUACUUUCGAUAAUGCUAUGAUAGUCUCAUAAGGAAAAUUACAUUAUUCAAAUGGAUUUUAUUAUAUAGGUUAGAUAUGUAAUAGAAGAAGACAUGGUGUUGGAAUUUAUUAUAGCUCUGAUAAUUAAAAAGUUACUGAAGGAAUGUGGGUUUUUGACAUUCCUGAAGGAGAUGUUAUUUUAUAUAAUUAACCAUAAGAAGAGAAUUAGUAAAUUCAUUAAAAUUUGGCAAGAAAAGAUUGGGUUCAGUAUAAAGGAUAAAUGAAAUAAGGUUAAAAACAUGGAAUUGGAGUUCUAUACUUUUCUGAUGGAUCUAAAUUUAUGGGAAAUUUUUCUUGUGAUUAAGCACAUGGUAAAGGAUAAUUUGAAUAUCAGAACAAAAAUUAAAUUAUUGGAACAUGGUAGCAUGAUAUAUAUAUUGGUUGA